UGCUGACGAGGCCUCCCCUUUCCGUGCCUGGAAUAUUCUGGGUCCCAGGAGGGUUUUUUUGUCAUCACCAUGAUCAGAUUCUUCAGGAGACUCUAGCCCUGCAGACCCCCACCAAGGAGGGAAGAGGCUGGGCUUGGAACCCUGUAUAUCCCAAAUUCAAAGUCGGACAUAGUGAAGGACCCAAGAACCAUGUAGUAUACCUCUUUCCGCCACAGGGGGGAGGGAAAACUUUGUAGUUCUUUUUUUGUACAGUUUUUUUUUUUUUUUGGCUGGGAGUUGGUCUACAAGGUGAGCCAGAAAUGGUCUUGCACACCUCUCCCUACCCUAGUGCCUUCCUCAGCUUUCUGAGCCGUCUGUCUUGGGCCUUUGUUUUCCCUUGCUACUGGCUGUUGGACCGGUUGUUGGCCUCCUGUGUAGCAACAUCACUAGAGAAGCGUAGACGCUCCCAAGAUCCCUGUUCUUUUUUGGCACUCGGGGUCCUGAUCUCUACACCGCUCUACUUGAUGCUGUUACUGGCAUCCUUACCCUUAGCUUUCAUUGGCUUCCUCUUGUGGGCCCCACUGCAGACCAUCAGGAACCCCUACAUCUACUCUCACCAGAAACCAGACAAGCAUGGCGCCGAGCAGGGAACAUCGGCUGGAACUGGGGCGGCACUUGCUGAGUGGCGUCUACAAGGUCGCAGCUUUUGCUUUGGCAGUGCCAAUGUUUGCCUGCUGCCGGACUCACUCGCACGCUUCAACAACCUUGCGGACACUCAACACCGAGCUCGUGAAGUGGGCAAGCGGAUCCGUAAUGGUGCCAGCAGACCCCAGAUCAAGAUAUACAUCGACUCGCCCACCAAUACUUCAAUUAGUGCGGCAUCCUUCUGCAGUUUGGCCACCCAGGGCUUCCGCCGCACCUCAUCUUUGGACCAUCGUCCCGAGCCUGUAGUCACCACUGAGCCUGAGACUGAGGCCUUAACUGAGUGUCCCGUUCACCCCUCAGGAGGUACAAGCUCGGAUUGCCCUGUCCACAGCACUGGAGCCCAAAAUUCCUCGGAGUGCCCCCUCCACCCCAAUGGAGAAGAGCAUGCUCCUGAUUGUGCCGUCCACCAGUUUGCAGACCCACACUCCUCUGGUGAGUGUCCAGUACAUAGCAACAUCAUCCAGAACUCAGAAGACUGUCCUCUCCAUCCGGCUGGAGUGCAAAUCAGCAUCACCUCUCCUGAUUCUGAGCCGACUGAGGCUGAAAAAGAAAACCACCAGACUGGGGAUGGGGAUACGGGUAGCCUAGAAAGCCGUACGGCCUCACGGGAAUCCCUGGUUCGCUUCCACGCAGCCGAUGGAGGCAUCUCCCCCAACAAUACCCUUUCACAACACCGCACCUCAGUCUUUAAAAGGCCGAUUGGGCGCAAACGCCGUCACGGAGACGACGGCUUUGACCAUGAGAUCUCUGCCUUCUUCCCAGCCAACCUGGACUUCCUUUGUCUGCAGGAAGUCUUCGAAAGGCGAGCUGCAGACAGGCUCAGGAGGCAGCUGCACCGCUAUUUUCCAUUUGUGCUGAGCGACGUGGGACGCUAUGGCUGGAAAGGCUGUUGCUCCCGCUUCAAGUUCUUGAACAGCGGGCUUCUGUUGGCCAGUCGCUACCCUAUUCUGGAUGCCCAUUAUGAGUGCUUCCCUAAUGGGCGCAGCGAGGAUGCUCUGGCUGCUAAAGGAGUUCUUUUUGCCAAGGUGCAGGUGGGAAGCUCAGCUCAGGAUCAGCGGGUUGUUGGAUAUAUCGCUUGCACUCAUCUGCAUGCUAUUGAAGGUGAUUCAUCGGUGCGCUGCGAGCAGUUGGAUAUGCUGCUGGAGUGGGGAGCAGAGUUUAAGAGGCCCACCUCGGGUCCCACGGACGAGGAGAAGGUUCUGGAAGAUCAGGUGGCCUUCGAUGUCAUCCUCGGAGACCUCAACUUUGACAACUGCUCCUCAGGUAACAGCAUUUUCUCCUUACAUUCUCCUUACAAAAUUGAUUAUACUUUUAUUCAUAUAAACUUUAUGUGUGUGUUUGCAUGUGCAUAUUAUACAGGUACACUGCUGGACACGAGUGGUCUGUAUGAUGAGGAAGUCAGCUCACCAGAGAGCCUACAAAAAGUUAUGGAGAAUGAAGAGGGGAGAAAAGAGUACCUGGUGUUCCCUGCUAGCAAGAACCAUUGUCCCAGCCAGAAGGGGCGCAAAAUCCCCCUGAAAGGCAAUGGCAGGAGAAUCGAUUACAUCCUUUAUAAAGAGGAAGGCCUGCAGCAAGACUGGAAAGUGGAUAUAGAGGAGUUCAGCUUCAUCACUCAACUUGCUGGAUUGACUGACCACCUCUCAGUGGCUGCAAGAUUGGUUGUGUCAACUGGAGAAGAGGAGACUUAGGACCCGGCCAUAAUUCAAAAAAUCAAUGCCACGGAGAGAGAGGGGAGAGGCAAAGAGAGGGCGAGAGAAGUGACUGAAAGGAAAAACAGCAGGAGGAGGCAUUCGUCAAGCUUCCCGACAGAUGAGGGCAGGGUGAUUGAGAGGGUUGGUAAGUCAUAAAAAACAAUGGAUGACAG